AAUGCGCUCAAACACUGCUGAGGAGAGAGAGAGAGGAAGGGGGAGGAGAGAGAUGGAUAUUGAGAGAGGAGGAGAAGACGGAGGGGAAAAGGGAAGCCAGGAAUAGCAGGUUGGACAGAUAUGCAUAGUCAAGAGCUGGUGUUGCCAUCCAAAUCCCAGAAAUACCGAUGAACAGGCACAAACACUCCUGCAGAAUCACCAUGUAGAGCUUCAAAGCUGAAGAAUGAGAAUGCAGUAACUGCAGUUGUUGAGGAUCAACCUCAGCAGAUGUGAGAAGAGCAGAGGGAUGCUGUGAAGCCAAAGCAUUUAUUUCCAGUCACUGUCGUUGUAAAAUCUGCACCUCAGGAAACAUGUAUGCCUUCUAUUCUCUGCUGGUCUACAUUUUCUACACUGUUUUCAAAAAGGAGGAGGAGGCAGCGCUCGAGGGGGCGCGCAAAGAAUCCCCGGAGGAGCCUAGCCAUGUUUCCAUGGAAACAGAGAGCAAGGGGAAGGGUAGCCACACCCCCAGGUUGGGCAAAAGAGGGUGUGCAAGUCUGAGUGAUUCGAGCAGCAGUAGUGAUAGUGAUGGGAUGUCCCUCAGUGAUGAAGAUGAUGAGUUUGAUGAAGGUCAUGGAUUACCUGCCAAAACACCAUUAACAGCAUUCCUGUCUUUCAAGCAAGAGGCAGAAAAGAGAAGAGCUACUAAUUCUCCAGCAGAACCAAGUGGAAAGGUGACAGAGUCUCCAUUGCUGUCUGUGAUGUCACACCUCCUGAGUUUCCUGGAGCAAUAUUCCCAUCUGCAACAGCUGCAGCAGCAGGCGGAUCAGUACCGUCUGCAGCUGCGCAGACACCGCAUCCAGCACCGGCGGAAAAUGAAGGCCCUGCGUGCUUCCUACCGCCAGCGCCUCAGAGACAAGAACAGUGUGAUUAACAGCCUGGAGGAAGUGAUCGCUCAGCAGCAGAGCCCAUCGUCUGAAAAUGAGGGUGACUGCAUGCUUCCUGCAGCAUCUCCGGUUAAGUUGCAUAAGUUGGUUCAGUCUCUAUGCGGGCUGCAAGUAGAGAAGAGUCAGCUGAGAGGAGAGCUGCGAUUGCUUCAUUCCCAGCUUGAGCAGAGAGAACGAGAUCGCCAUACUAAAGUACAGGCUUUCCAACAGCAGAUUGAUGAGCUGAAGAGCUGUAUUGAAGAAAGAGAAGAGGAGCUGUCCAAACUCAGAGUUGCAUCGGGAGUAACAGACUCAGAAAAAAGAGUGCUUUGCUUAUCAGCAGAGAAUGCGAGUUUGAAACACAGCCUCACAAUGACACAGGGUCUUCUGCAGCAGCUGUCAGUCAUCCCAUCCCAGUCCAGCUCUGUGCUCAUCAAGGAAAAUGAGAACCUGCGCAGUCGCGUUCUGCAGCUGGAGAGUUCACUGCAGCAGCAGGCAGAGCAGCUGUCGCAUCUGGAGCACCAGAGGGAGCAAAGUGAAUGGAGAAAAGCAGAAGAGCUCAGGAGACGAGAGGAGUGCGUGAGAGAGCUGAAGCUCGAAUUGGACAAAGAACGCAACAAGGAGCCUGUGGUAAAAUAUGUUACUCAAACUGUGGAGAUCGAGUCACCUUCAACUCUACUCCAACUAUCUGAAGCCAGACAACAGAAUGAACAGCUUUCUGAGAAGCUAAGAAAUCAGAGAGAACGAUGCCGACAUUUGGAGGAGAACGUCAGACAUUCAGAUGAAGUCAGCUGCAAUUUACAACACAAGAUUGCUGCAUAUGAGAGGGAGAUCGGGACAUUAAGGGAGGAGCUGCUGAAGGAGAUUGGACAUCUUGAGGAAAAGAAAGAAGAGGCUGUAAAAGCGGCAGCUAACUGCUCUCAGGAGCAUCUCCAGAGCCUGCAGGAUCAGUUCACAACCCUCCAGAAGCGUCUGAGUGCUCUCCCUUCCACAUUACGCACCAUAAAGACCGAUUAUGCCAGCCUUCGCAGCCAGGUCCGCAACUUUUCUGACUUCUAUGGAACAGCUAUCAAAGAAGCCAAGAAGCAGAUUAUGGCAGGUAUAAAUGAGAUGUCAGAGGCCAACAAAGACCUUAUAGAAAAAUACAGAAAGGAGGUAGCUCUCCGCAGGAAGUACCACGAGCAGCUGGUUGAGCUUAAAGGUAAUAUCCGUGUGCUGUGUCGUGUAAAGCCAGUACUGAAGGAAGAUCAACAUGAGGAAGGCCAAACAGUAGUUGUGACAACAGACCCAAAUAAUGAAUCUGCACUCACAGUUUUAAGCAAAGGAAAGGCCAAAAACUUUGAACUGGAUAAAGUCUUUCACCCUCAGGCCACUCAAGAAGAGGUGUUCCAGGAAAUUGAGCCGCUCAUCACAUCCUGUAUAGAUGGAUAUCAUGUUUGCAUCUUUGCUUAUGGCCAGACAGGAUCUGGCAAGACCUAUACUAUGGAGGGUAGUGUUGAGAACCCCGGCAUCAACCAACGAGCCCUGAAACACCUGUUCAAUGAGAUUGAGGAAAGAAAAGACAUGUGGACAUACACCGUCAGUGUCAGCUCAGUGGAAAUUUACAAUGAGGUCCUGAGAGAUCUGCUCAGUAAGGAUGGAGAGAAACUUGACAUCAAGAUCAACCCUGAUGGGACGGGUCAGCUCCAUGUACCAGGACUCAGGGUCAUGGAGGUAAAAAGCUUCCAGCAUAUCAAGAAAAUUUUGGCCAUAGCUCGAAAGAACAGGAUUACAUUUGGAACACAGAUGAACCAGCAUAGCUCUCGAUCUCAUGCUUUGCUCACUGUGACUGUGCUGGGCACAGACCUCGCCAGUGGAGCCAAAACCACCGGCAAGCUGAAUCUUGUGGAUUUGGCUGGUUCUGAAAGGGUGUGGAAGUCUGGGGCAGAGGGGGAGAGACUGAAGGAAGCCCAGAAUAUCAACCGCUCACUGCUGGCUCUAGGAGAUGUGAUCCAGGCCUUGAAGGCCCACCAGACUCAUAUACCCUUCAGGAACUCACGACUCACCUACCUGCUGCAGGACUCACUGGGAAAAGGCAACAAAACCGCCAUGGUUGUUCAGGUUUCUUCUCUUGAGAGCAACGUUGGAGAGACCCUGUGCUCGCUAAAGUUUGCCCAGCGAGUGUGUAAGGUGGAGCUGGGCCCUGCUGCACGAAAAAUCGAGACGGGUGGACAUAAUGAAAGCAAAAAUUAAUGCAUACCAUCAACCCUCACAAGUAUACACCAGAAAUGGCAUCAACUCAAGUGCAGAUGGACAAGCCUUGCACUUUUCAGGUUUCCAAUCCUACUCAAGGGCUACAGUUCUGGAAACAUCUGUGAUGCCACAUAAGUUCCAGUUUCUUCCCGCUACCUAGCAAUGGCUUUUCUCCACCAGUUGGUCUGCAUGUCAAAGUCUCACCAACACCCACCACCACCAAUAUCAAGACAAGCUCUGUCACCAUAAGUUCAAAGUAUCACAGAAAAUUCUCCACAGGGAAGACUGGUGAUGAUAUUUCAGUAAAUCUUGCAUAAAAACUUUGUGGAGUCACUACUCAAGAGGCCACAAUAUCUUAAUUGUGUAAUGCUUGAAGUUUUUACUGAUAUUUACUCAAAAACCUUGAAAUUAUUUGGUAUAAUAUAUAGUCUAGGAAGUAAUGGCAAAACGAUGUAUUUUUGGAGUAUGGUUGGUGUGGACUUCUAUGAUUGUUAUGUGUGUUGAACCAGCCAGUCUGUCUUUUCAGAGGAUGUGAGUUCAGCCAAACUGCACGAGAUCAGCAUUUGCUGAUUUUAUUUCUGACGGAGGUGGCAUGUUAGCAUUUCAAGAUUAAGGCUAAUAACCAAAAGGUCACAUUUUUUUUAAACCCCUAAAGUGGUGAUUCAUGAACUGGAUGGUUCUUGAGUUAUUUGAUAGCACUACUGUCACUGAAGGAGGAAAUAAAGCCAGGAUUUGGAUAAGAAACCAUCUGCUAAAGAUAAGAACGAAUGUAUCUAUACUUCACAAGAUUAUGUGCAAUAGCACCUCUUAGUGGUGAGCAUCUCAUUUUUUGGUUUUGGCCCAAUUGAGUGAGACCACACAGAACAAAAUGUUACUUAAACAUUAAUAUAUAUUUCCAUUAUCAAUACAUAAUAAACGUACAAACAUCCAACAUAUCAAUAUAUUUAAAUAAAUUAUAUAUGAUUAUUAAUUUGCUGGGAUGAUUAGGAUAAGUUUAGGUUUAAUGUGAAAGGUCAUAUUGGUUUGUUAGGUCUAGCCAUGUUACAGAGGGAGGUGAGGAAUGCCCUUUAUUGUUAAAGAUGUGUGCUGUCCAUACAACUUAUAUUUUAACCAAAAACAUACAGUAGAUCUAUCUGUUUGCUUCUGAACAUUUGCAUCUUGUAAAACAUGGCAGAAUAAUUCUAGAAGAAAAAAAAAAGAUUUAACUCUCCUUUAAGCGAAACUUUACUUGAUUUUAUUAAGUACUUGAAGAGACUGGCUCGAGUACACAUACUAAUUUAUUCUAACUUAUUCCAAAUAUCUUGAAGCCAGAAUAAUGUACUGCAGUUUUAUCUGUACUGUUCUCAUCAAUUAUGAUAUUGUAUUCUUCUCUGUAAUGUGUCUGAUUUUAGAACUCUCUCAUAUUAAUGAGAAAGAAGAAAAACCAAACAUGAAAAUAUGAAUUUAGCUCUUCUUUAUCAGCACUCAGUUUCU